AUGAAAAUGAAUGUGGUCGAUGAUCUCGUGAUUCGAUCCGAACCCACCUACACCGAGACCGACCCAACACCUGACGUGAUUGGUUUGGAAUUCGUUCGUCAAUACUAUACAAUACUUUCGAAGUCACCUGGAUGCGUGCACAAAUUUUAUAGUCACGAAUCGGUGUUUGUCCACAAUGAUGUCACUGUUAUCGGACAGCAGAAGAUCAAGAGCUGUAUUGAGCAACUAGUGGAAGCCAACAACAGAUUCAAGAUUCAUUCAGUGAAGGGAUCUUUCACUUCGCAUAAAGGUAUCGUGCUGCAAGUUUGCGGAGAAGUUUCCACACGUCGCUUCUUCCAGACGUUCAUUUUGGGACAACAGAGUGCUAAGAAGUUUUACGUGCAGAACGACAUAUUUCAGUUCGUAGAUGUUGCAUUCCACAGCGAAUCACAAGAAUCGCCUGCCCCCGCACCCUCAAGCGAAGCGACCAUUACUGAGGCACAAUCUGUUGACAUCGAUCUUGUGCAAAACGGUCACAAUCAUUCUCACUCUUCAAUCGCGUUAAGUUGUGAGGAAACUCCGAUUCUAACAAGCGUUGUUUCUCAUGCUAAGGCCAGUCCAGCUAAGAGUCCAGUCGCUGCUCCGGUCACCGAAGAAACAUCUGCUAAGGAGACUCCACCAACAGAGGACACAACGAAGCUGAAGACAGAACAGCAGAAAGCAGAAGUAACACCUCCUCCGGUCGCUACACAACCGACUACACCCGUUGAUACCACGCCGAAAACAUGGGCACAUCGUGUUGGAGGCGGCUCCAAGCCUGCUGCGACUCCAGCUGCUGCAGUUCCAGCUCAAAAGACGUCCUCAGUACCACCUCCAACAAAUGCGCCAUCUGCUACGAGGCCUCAGCAGGCUCCUCGUCCUAAUGUACAGACCAAUGGAGGUCAAAUCGCUCAGGGUGAGCGUCGCAUUUAUCUUGGAGGCAUUAUAAGAAAUAUGGUUCCGGAUAGCACCAAUGUUGCUGAGCAGGAAAUCAAAGAUGCAUUCUCUAAAUUUGGGGAGGUCGAAUCUGUAGCCAUUCCACGCAAAGUCCUUGACCAACCGAAUGAUACAUCCCGUAAUGGGUUUGCUUUUAUUUCGAUGCGAACGCCUACCGAUGCCCAGAAUGUGUUCCAGAAUGCUCGCAAAGAUGAUCGCGGCAUAUACCAUCUGCAGCUACGUCUGGAUGCAUUUGGAUUCGAUGGAGAGGUGACUAUUUCCGAACAGAAGGAUCGCAUUGAUCGCCCAGGAGGCGGCUUCCGCGGCGGUCGCGGUGGAUUCAUUCCACGUGGCGGAGCAGGCCCCUUCUCACGCGGUGGCGGUGGCAGAGGUCGCGGAGGGGGUGGAUUCCGCGGCGGCUUCCACAACCAGAACAAUCACCACUAA